GGCCCGGAUAUCGCUUAGUCUGCUGUCGGCGCCUCAACUGCCAAGUAAUCGCUGGUUACUCGUGGAGCUCGAGAUCUCGAGAACUGUCGCCGCCUCGUGUUCUGUGUUCUGAUCGACAACGCCGCGUAUGCGUGAUAUUGCCUCGAAGGAUAACAGAAAGUGCUUUUAGUGUCUGUCCUUUGCCGGAUCCGCGUCAGUGUAUCGUCGUUUGUGCCGCGUUCUGUGUCGUAAUAAAUCAUCGACGUCCAUUCAAUAUUUUUUUCAGCUCUCCUGAAAUUUAUUCACUAGAAAGCUGCCAACAUGUCGGUCAGACUGAACGAGACGACAACCAUUGUUGACCGGAUGGUCAACUUCUUCGUGGAGCACGAGGAUCUGCGAACCAAGAGCUGGUUCCUCUCGAAUGCCCCCGGACCGCUGUUCAUGAUCCUGGGAGCCUACCUGUACUUCUGUCUGUACGCAGGACCUCGUUACAUGCGUGAUCGCAAGCCUUUUGAGCUAAAGAACACUCUUCUGAUCUACAAUGCUGUCCAAGUGCUCUUCAGUUGGGUGCUCUUCUACGAGGGAUACAAGGGCGGCUGGGGUGGUCACUACAACUUCAAGUGCCAGCCGGUGACCUACGAAUCGGAUCCCAUUUCCAUGAGGAUGGCUCGUGCCGUGUGGCUGUACUACAUUGCCAAGAUCACCGAGCUCUUGGACACCGUGUUCUUUGUCUUGCGCAAGAAGCAGCGCCAGAUCUCGUUCCUCCACUUGUACCAUCACACUCUGAUGCCCGUGUGCGCCUUCAUUGGUGUUAAGUACUUUGCCGGUGGCCAUGGAACCUUGCUGGGCUUCAUCAACUCCUUCAUCCACAUCAUCAUGUACGCCUACUACCUGCUCUCCGCAAUGGGACCCGCUGUGCAGAAGUAUCUGUGGUGGAAGAAGUACAUCACCAUCCUGCAGAUUGUCCAAUUCCUGAUCAUCUUCGUGCACACGCUGCAGAUUCAGUUCCAGCCCAACUGCAACUUCCCCAAGUCGAUUGCCGCACUUUUAACCUUCAAUGCUGGCCUUUUCACCUACAUGUUCAGUGCCUUCUAUGUGGCCAACUAUAAGAAGGAGGCGGCUGCCCAGGCCAAAUUGGCGGCGAAAAAGGAGUAGGAAGCGACGUUAGUUGGCGCUACCUUAAGCUAUGCACAUUUAUUUUUAUGAUCCCUUCAAAUCCCUGAAUCCCCAUCCCUAUCCCCGAGUCCCCAUUCCCAAAUCAUAUCCUCCCCCUAGAGUUAUACAUAGGUCAAGAUGGAUAUUAUACAAUCUGUAGUUGCGUAAGCUUGUUUCGUAGUAUUUUGUUAGUUCGAGGAUAGCGGCCCCUUUACUUGUACUUGUUUGGAUCAGUCGCCAUUGCAGAGUGCAAGAGAUGUCUGCACUUUCUGUAUUGGGAUAGUGUAAUAGUACCAAAUAUUAUAGUUUAGUGAUUAGACUUUAUCCUAUGGACUGUGAAAGUCGAAGUCAAGGUUGGACAGGCGAAUGGCAGGUGUAGAUUCGGAGGACUCUGAACUUUUGCCUGUAUCGAAACCACCAAGCAGAACUGUCCCACUUUGUAAUGCCCAAUUUUAUGAUGAUGAAAUGUAAUUUUUUAUAUUUUAUUUGCAAACAAUAAAAAACGAUUCAUAUGUAAAAAA